UCCUCACUUGCUCGAAAUCACCCAAGCCUAAGGUUUCGAUAAGCAACUGAAGAUGGACAAGAAGGACUUGUGUAUUUUGCUAUUGGGACUUUUUGUCUUCAUUGAACUACAAGCUUCAACUGCAGAUGCCCAUCCUCAGCAGCCAAAAACCUGCAGCGGAGGUUAUGCAAAUGGAGAGCAUUGGAUUAAAGGGAAUGACAUACAAUGCAGUCAAUGCAAAUGCAGUCAGGGUAAAUCUGAUUGUAUAGACUUCGUGUGUCAUUUUGAUCCAUUCGACUGUCCACACAAAACACAAGGCCAGCCUGGUAAAUGCUGUACCAAGAAAUGUGCCUGUUACGACGGAGAUGUUCCUAAAAAGGAUGGCGAAAAGUGGACCAUCAAAAAAUCUUCCACUUGUCGUGAGUGUCAGUGUGUUGGUGGAGCAGCAAAGUGUACAACAAUACAAUGUUCCCGUGAAAAUUGCUACAACCCAGUGUAUAUACCUGGUCAAUGUUGCCCUGCAUACUGCUCGCCUAAGGCUCCGGUCACAGAUCCGUGGGUAAGGUUAACAACUCCAGAGCAAAUAGUACCACCACGCCCUCCACGCCCUCCACGCCCACCACACCACAUUGGCAAAAGAAGCAUCAAGAACAAAUCAUCAAAGUAAUGAAAUCAUCGCAAGAAAUUCACUUAUUCUUUCGCCCCGAUGGUUGAUGCAUUAAUAUAAAAUAGCUAUAAUAUGUCUGAAUGUUGAACUACAUUUAAAGAAAUAAAAACAAUUCUAGAGACAAGAGAAA